UUAGAAGGUCGCAGCCUUUGAAUUGUGACACAGCUUACGAUUACUGGGUGCGUGUUAAAUCGGGGAAUGUUUAUUUUACAAAUUUCACUUUCAGACCGAAAUUGACGUCACGCACGCAGCACGCUGCAAAAUCGAGUUGGCGACGGAGCGUUUUAGCAAAACAUUCCCUAUGGAGGAAGAGAAGACAAACACAAACACAGGUGUCAGCCUGCCUCUCUCUUCUCUGCGGCUGCUGGUACCACCACUGCACCUGAUGUCCGCCUUCAUGUGGCAGGUGCUGCAGCAGAAGAGUGUGAUAUAUUAUGGGAGGCUUGAGGAGUUUGUCUCCAUGGUGACAGAGACUCUGCCGCAAGUGCUGAGUUACAGACAGGGAGCUCAGUUGAGGCUGGGCCUGAGAGCAAGGAUGGUUUUGGAGCUGUGUCGCAGCACGGCUGAUUUCAGAAACAUACAGGCACAUCUUGACCGAAUCCAGAUUCCAGCGGCAACACCGUUAGAGAGCAUUGACGCUGAUGUGAGACCUGCAGUUGCAAAUUUUAAAGCUUUGGUUCUGGCGCUGCUUAAAAACCCGGUUGAGAAAGCGUAUUUCUUUCAGGAAGUGUUUCCAGUGGAAUAUGGCGCCAAGUAUGACACCGCUCUUAAAGAGCUAAUGUGGGAUCUGCUCUCUCGCUUGGAGAAACUGUUUCCUGUGCCUGACUUCAGAAAAACAUUGUCGUGGCUCACUAUUCCCCCUGCUCAUUUGGAGGACUGCAUGCAGACCAAUCCAAAAGACCUGCACGUUCUUCUUCUGCAGCAGCACCAACUGUUUGGAGGUUCAGAAACUCAAAGCUCUAAACCAAGGUCUGUUCCUCAUUCCUCUGGGGAUUGCAUCUUCUCCACGCUGUCCAUUCCUCCGUCUGCACGAGUGGUCAUCGCCGCAGAGCCAGUCGUCUAUCACGUCCAGACGUCCGGCGUGGCCCUGCUGAGUUCUGCCACUCUGGGUCAGCUGGGCUCGGACACCAUCAUCGUAACAGACUACACAGAAGUGGAGCUGAGCAGCCAGGAGAUGCUUGUGGGGGAAGCGGAGGCAGGAGGAUGUGUGGAGGAGAAGGUGAAGAUGCUGUUAGUUAAAGGUUGUGAUGUGAGGGAGCCGGAGUCCCUGGAAGAAGCAGCCAGUUUUAUGCAUGACAAAACGACACAACGUGCCGUCGCCUGUGAAGUUGUGAGCGAUGCCAAGGCAACAACAUCCUGCGAUGAGCUGGCCAUCCCACAUAAUGAGGAAAGUCUGCAGGAAGUCUAUACUGGUGAAACCGGUCAGCUGAACGCACAAGACGAGGAUAACAGCGCUAACAUCUCUCCUGUUGCUGGAACGGACUUGUCUGUAGUUCAAGAGUUCACGGCUCCACCAGUGACGGAUGUUGUCCAGACGACAGAGACGCGCAGAGGACCAGGACGGGCUAGGAAGAGAGCAGGGGCGACAGACAAAAAUGUGGUUAAAACGUUGCGUCGACGAGGACGACCCAUCAAACAGAUAACAACAGAGAAAAGGAGUGUAGGCGAACCACAUGGAGUGAUUGCAGAUGCGGAGGGCCAGAUGUCCAGCAGAUCUGACAUGAGGCAGAAAGAAUCAAAUUCGUCUGGUUCACAUCCAGAACAGACAUCUGGAGCAACCAAGCCAACAAACCCGAUGCCCGCCAACAAGGCUCGUGCUCGACACUUGUGUGACACCUGCGGCCGAACGUUCACGCGCAGGUCCGAUGUAAGGCGACACCAGCUGACCCAUACCGGUGAACGGCCCUUCCACUGCAGCCAAUGCGAUAAAACAUUCCAGCACGCAUGGGAUCUGACCAGACAUUGCCGCAAAAUGCACGGCAAGACCGCCUUUGUCUGCCAGCUCUGCCACAGCAACUUUGGCAACCUGCGGAUCCUGGCUGCUCACCACAAGAAGAGCCACUCCGGCGAGCUGCCGCAUUACUGCUCCAUCUGCGGCGAAGCCAGCCUGACGGCCGCCGCUCUCAUUCAGCACCGCAAGACUCACAGCGCCAAGCAGCAGUACCUGUGCGAGCAGUGCGGGGAAGGGUUUGACACCCUGCUACAGAGGUCCGUUCACCGGCAGAGCCAUCGUAGACUCCAACAGUUUAAAUGUCCUCAGUGCGAUAAGAUGUACACGCGCCGCACGGACGUCAAGCGACACCUGCUCAGUCACACGGGCGAGCGGCCACAUCAGUGCUCCAUCUGUGGCAAACGGUUCAGCCUUCGCGCCGGCCUUCAGAAACACUUAAUCACCCACUCGCACGAGAGGCCGUUUCAGUGUCCGCACUGCCCGAAGAGCUUCAGGCAGCCAUCAAUUUUGCACCGCCAUGAGCGCAUGCACACAGGUGAGCGACCAUACCUCUGCUCGCAGUGCGGAAAGGGAUUUCUUUCACAUGGAGAGCUCAUCAAGCAUGGAAGGACCCACACGGAAGAGAGACCGUACUCCUGCCCGCAGUGUCGCAAGGGCUUUAAGUCCAAAAGAGCCCUUCAGGAGCAUGUCUCAUCUCACAGCGGUGCUCGGCCAUACCCGUGCAACUUCUGCGGCAAAAUGUUCGCCAAGCCCUUUGCCUUGAACAGACAUUAUCUGAUCCACACCGGAGAGAGGCCAUUCUCUUGCGCCCACUGCGACAGAGCCUUCCUCACCUUCAGUGAGCUGGCCCUCCAUGAGCGUGUGCACACGGGUGAGCGGCCUUACUGCUGCACGGUCUGUCCCAGAAAAUUUCGGAGUUCCUCGGAGUUGGCGAGGCACAGGCGCAGUCAUUCAAUGGACCGUCCACACACCUGCGGUUACUGCCCCAAAGCAUACACCUGUGCCACCAAACUAAAAAACCACAUCAGAAUCCACACGGGCGAGAGCAAACCGAGACGCUCGGUAGGCAGUAAACCAACUGCUGGUGCACCAGAGACAAAUGUACGUGUACCAAUAGAGAAGAUGACGGAAUCUUAACAUCAAUGGAUAGCGAAUAACAGCAUCCAGAACAAGACUGACACCAGUGUUAGGUGACCGAUUGGUUGUUUUCCCUGACUUAACAGCACUGACUAUGUAAAGUUAUGGAUAAAGAAUUUCAUAAAAUAUGUAUGUGAUCCUGUUCUCAGUUCAUUGAGUUACAGGCUUUUGUUGCUUUAUCAUAUAUUAUUUAUGCAAAUCUGUUUUGGUAUGACAAACAUGCGCGUAAUUUGCACGGGGGUUACGGGGGUCAUGACCCCCUCAAACAUCAAAUCCAGCUAAUAUAACCCCCCCCAAUAUAAUCACAUCAUUCAGAUUAAAAUAAAUAUGAAAUGUUCCAAAUGAACACUUUUGUUCGUUUUCUUUAUUAAUUUCAUUUGCCAGCAAGAAAGAUAGUAUUAUAUUUUAAAUAAUCUGUAAUGUACCCCCAGCCCCGACUACUUGGUAUGACCCAGUUCUGUAGUCCAGGGUAUACGCAGGUAAUACAGCGUAUUCUCACUUCUUUUUCAGUCGGAUUUGCGUAUACCCACUUCUAAACUGUGAUUUAGUUGCCGUCAUUCUGACAAUGUCCAACGCAAUUGGAUUAGAGAACUGUCAAUCACUACCUGGUUCACUGCCUGCCAUCAUUAAUAGGAAAGAUGAAGCGAACUACGGAAACCUUUUUUCAGAUUUACAAACAACAUUGCAAUGCUACAUCCCCAUUUUUAUCUAACAGUUCAAGCUAACGAUAGUAAUCAACAUCAGUGUUGUUAACCAGCAGCUCAGCUAACGAUUGCCAAGCGCCCUCGUCCGCUCCAUCCGCCUCCCACACCCCAAGUCAGCGAGGAUGCCGACAGAGAUGCAGCCCGUCCCGCUACAGUUUCCAGCAAAGACAUCAAACAAAGUGAGCACUGUUAAAUAACAGGAACUUGUAAAUUAUGUUAAUAACUCGAAAUUACAAUUUGCCCGGCCAUCGUUGUAUGUCAAAACUGCACUGACAACGAAUCUGUUUAAAAUCAUUAAAUCAGUUAUUUGUUAUGUCAUAUUUAGAGCUGCAACUACAGUACUUGACAUUAGGUUCCUUGACUAAAUAUAAGCAUCAAUUUAGAAACACUGUAUUGGGUUAAGAUUGUCAUAUGUUGUAAAAUGUAUUUAAAUACAAAUUAAAUACUGUUAUUUUUAUAUUUUUAUGAAAAUAUUAAGGCUUCUAUCCAAAGCGACUUACAGUGCAUUACAAAAUAU